AGUCCCUUUGCGCACAGCCUCCCCACCUGCCGCUGGCAUGCUUCCCCUACACGCUAGGGAUUCGCCUGCCUCACCCGCAGCGCCGACCUGACGAGGUGGUUCCCUCCCGAGAAAGUGGGUUACUCGGGGCUCUGCCGCGCGCCCUGCCGCUCCGUCGCGGAGCCUCUUAACUUCCGGGUGCGACGCCUCUCCAUCCGGGACUUCCUGGGACAGUCCCCCGCAGCCACACGGCUGAGUCGCGCUGCACAGGCGCUGUUGAGCAGAUGGCCUCACGGGUGUUCAGUGCGCAGGCGUGCUUGCCCAGGCAGCCCAAACCUCCGGGCUGUUUCUGACAGGUGCUCCCAGGGACAGUGGCGCCAGCUACGGACCCCGGCCCCACUAGCGCCAUGGGCAGUAGCUGCCGCAUCGAAUGCAUAUUCUUCAGCGAGUUCCACCCCACGCUGGGACCCAAGAUCACCUAUCAGGUCCCCGAGGACUUCAUCUCCCGGGAGCUGUUUGACACCGUCCAGGUGUAUAUCAUCACCAAGCCAGAGCUGCAGAAUAAGCUCAUCACUGUCACAGCCAUGGAGAAGAAACUGAUUGGCUGCCCCGUGUGCAUCGAGCACAAGAAGUACAGCCGCAAUGCCCUGCUCUUCAACCUAGGCUUCGUGUGUGAUGCCCAGGCCAAGACUUGUGCCCUUGAGCCCAUCGUCAAAAAGCUGGCUGGCUACCUGACCACACUGGAGCUAGAGAGCAGCUUCGUGUCCACGGAGGAGAGCAAACAGAAGUUGGUGCCCAUCAUGACCAUCUUGCUGGAGGAGCUAAAUGCCUCAGGCCGGUGCACUCUGCCCAUCGAUGAGUCUAACACCAUCCACUUGAAGGUGAUUGAGCAGCGGCCUGACCCUCCUGUGGCCCAGGAGUAUGAUGUGCCUGUCUUUACCAAAGACAAGGAGGAUUUCUUCAACUCACAGUGGGACCUCACCACACAACAGAUCCUGCCCUACAUUGAUGGUUUCCGCCACGUCCAGAAGAUCUCAGCCGAGGCAGACGUGGAGCUCAACCUAGUGCGCAUCGCCAUCCAGAACCUGCUGUACUACGGCGUUGUGACACUGGUGUCCAUCCUCCAGUACUCCAAUGUGUACUGCCCGACGCCCAAGGUCCAGGAUCUAGUAGAUGACAAGUCCCUGCAGGAGGCGUGUCUAUCCUACGUGACCAAGCAAGGGCACAAAAGGGCCAGUCUCCGGGAUGUGUUCCAGCUGUACUGCAGCCUGAGCCCUGGCACUACUGUGAGAGAUCUCAUUGGCCGCCACCCCCAACAGCUGCAGCACGUUGAUGAACGGAAGCUGAUCCAGUUCGGGCUUAUGAAGAACCUCAUCCGGCGACUACAGAAGUAUCCCGUGCGGGUGUCUCGGGAGGAGCGGAGCCACCCUGCCAGGCUUUACACAGGCUGCCACAGUUACGAUGAGAUCUGCUGCAAGACAGGCAUGAGCUACCAAGAGCUGGAUGAACGGCUGGAAAAUGACCCCAACAUCAUCGUCUGCUGGAAGUGAGGCUGGUGGCGGCUGGACCAGGCACACAGCUAUGGCUAUUCUCUCCUCCUAAGCCUUGCCUGGUGCAUGAGGACUAGACCUACAAACUAGUCCAUACUGUCUCAAAGUUAACCCUCAUUUCUAUAAAUAAAGUCAUCCAUUUCAACCUA